AUGACUUUGGGUCUAAUUAAUGCAAACCCAGUGGUUCACGCCAAGAAAGAAAGGGUUGCUCGUAAUGAAGAUCUUCACUGCGAUGAUGCUGUUGAUCCCCUUGAAAUCUAUGAUAUCCUCAAUUUGAUUCUUUUUUUUUUUUCAGAUAUAAGAGAUCCAGAGCAUCCAUACUCACUUGAACAGCUUAGUGUUUUAUCAGAGGAAUCUAUCACUGUUGAUGACAAACUUGGUCGUAUUUUGAUUACUUUUACUCCAACAAUACAACAUUGCAGUAUGGCAACAAUUAUCGGUCUGUGUCUAAGAGUGAAACUACAAGAAUGUUUCCCUCCACAUUAUAAGGUUGACAUUAAAGUCUUUCCUGGAUCUCAUGCUGAUGAAGAAGCAGUUAAUAAGCAGUUAAAUGACAAAGAAAGAGUCGCUGCCGCCUUGGAGAAUCCGAAUCUCCGUCAACUUGUGGACGAGUGCCUCUACUCCAAUGAACUUUAA